GUAAUGUAUGAAAGCGCCUAAGAAAAUCUAUACGUCAUUUGUCAUCUGUCAACUUUUUGGUUAUGUUUUUUCUUCCUUUUUUGGUUAUGUCUUUACGCGGUUUAGGAUGGAGUUAACGAUUUUAAAUUAAAAUUCUGGUUUUUAAUUAUGAUGAACCACAAAUUAACGUCUUCAGGCUCGUUCCCAAAUUCUCAAGAAAAUGAAGAAUCAGAUAACUCGGAAAGUGAACUGGAGGAAAAUGAAGACAUAAGCUACUUUGAGGAACUAUCUGAAAGCGAACCUGAAUUGGAAUGUGAUGUCUGGGACGAUGACUGUAAAGUUAUACCAAAGAAACCGUCGUCAGUUAUCGGCCGUCAUCUCAUGCCAACUUGCGACAGAGAUCCAGAGCUACAUCCAAACAAGAGAACCAGAGUAGCACCAGAAAUAAAUAAGAAACUCGCCUCCAAAGAUUUUAUAGAAUUGCUCAAGCAGAAUUGGACAAAAAAUACGAAUCUUGUGAAUGACAAUGUAGAAUUAGUUGUGGAUCCAUUCAAAGUAUGUGUUUUAAAAAACUUCAUUGACAAUGCCAGUUUUUUGGAUGAAGUACGAAAGGAAUUUUAUGAGUUAGAUUGGAACUGUAGGAUUAUGGACCUUUAUGAGUUUUUCCAGUCCAAAGAUCUCAAAUAUUUGAAUAGCGAAUACCUUAAUGGGAUGUUUGGUUUCUUAAAGACUUCUGUUUUAAAAUGGGUAGAGGAGUUAACAGGGUUUAGCUUAACACAUAUAUCUGCAACAUGCAGCAUAUACACAAAUACAGAUUAUUUAUUGGUACAUGAUGAUCAAAGAGAGGAUAGAAUGGUUGCCUUCAUAUUAUAUUUAACUGGAGAAGAGGGAUGGAAUGAAACGAAAGGAGGAGCAUUGCAGUUGUUUGGAAAGGAUCAAAACGGACAACCCAAAGAUGUUGUUAGAGAUAUAUAUCCAGCAAAUAAUCAGCUAAUCUUGUUUCCUGUUGCCAGUGAUUCUUACCAUCAGGUAGCUGAAAUAACAUCACUUAGCGAUUGCAGAAUGAGUAUAAAUGGCUGGUUCCAUACAAAGAUCCCACCAACAUUUGAAAUUCCAUCGUUUAUCCCACCAGAAAAAGGGCUUUAUAGCAGAAACACACUGAAACCAAAGGUGGUUGAUAUUGACUUGGAAUCUUGGAUUAAUGAGGAUCACUUAGCAAUCAAGAAUAUCAGAUUGAUACAGAAACACAUUGAAGAAAAUUCAGAAAUUUCAUUGCACAACUUUUUCAAACAAGAAUCAUUCAGGGAAAUACAACAGACAUUGCUGAGUAAAGAUACAACAUGGUUGAAAUUAGGUCCGCCAAACAGAUAUUGUUAUGAGGUUCUAGAUGCCAAUAAGUUACCACACAGCCUUGAUAGAUUUUUAAGUUUGUUUCAAUCAACAGAAAUGUUCAAACUACUGAGCAAAUAUACAGAGCUUGAACUAACUUCACCAAAUGCUUCUAUGAAGUAUGAGCUCCAGAGAUGGAGUCCUGGCAGCUACUCUUUAUUAACGGACUACAACUGGCAAGAGAAGAAUGAAUUGGAUAUUAUUGUUUAUUUCGGAUGCAGUAAAAGUUCAGAUAUUAUAGGAGCCAGAACACAGUAUGUUACAAUAGAAGAUGAGGUUCAGAACGCACUCAUAACUCUAGAACCAGAAGAGAAUAAUAUAAAUAUAGUUUACAGGGAUUCAGCAAGGUUUACUAAGUAUUUCAGUAAGCAGAGGACUAGAGCAGUUUGCUGAAAUGUAAGUGCAUUUAGGGUUUUCUUAUUGGUGUAGGGUUCACAGCCGAAGACGAGCGAGACUGCCAAACAUGCCCUCCCCCAGGGUGCCUCAUUUAGAUAGUUAGGAAUCACUAGGAAAAAGCGUCCGUUCAGUAGAGAAGUCAGGAAAAUCGUUUGCGUCAGAUAACUCCAAAUAAGUGGUCGUGAAUAGAGAGUAGCUAGGGAAAUGUUAGGGAACUUUUUUAGGGCACUCUGCGAUGUGGGCACAUCGAGGGAUACAGACGACUCAUCAUGCCCAUGCGGGGCUACAUUAGAGGUAAAUGUGUUUUUAUAAAUAGGACUCCCAUGUAAUAUAUUUUGAUAAUUUAUCGACAUAUUUUGAAUACCCUUACCUAAAAAUUGAAGUUAGUCGUUGGUAUCUACGACUUCCGCGAACUGCGGAGACGAGCAGGGGUAUUUUUCAUGUGCGUACGAAUAAAAGGAGUCUACGUAUAUAUAUUAUAGGGAACUAUUUUAGGUAUAUUCAUUUAUUUAGCCAUGCAAUACUAUGGAAUUACAAACUACAAAAAUAGUACCUCAAUAACUUUUUUUUAGAUAAGAGAAAGCUUUUAUAGCCGGUCGCAUGCAGAAACGCUCGAUAGAGUUUUCCCAUCCGCUUUUCCUGUCCAAAGUGUGAGAAGAGAGUUUUAAUAAUGUAGUACUGCUGUUUAUACUUUUUACAGGGACUAUGACAGUUUGCUGGAAUGUAAAUGCAUUUAUUUGGUGGACAACUCUUCAUACUGCCCAUCACUAGGAAAAAUAACACAACGGUUGCAAACUUUGAAAGUUCUGAGUAUGUAAAACAUAUGCUUAAGCGAAAAUGUUUGUCUCAGAGAACUUCAAAUAAGUGGUCGGGCGUAGAGGUAAAUUUGUUUUUAUAUUUUAUAUAGGACUUCUAUGUAAUAGGUUUUCUCAUGAAAUUUUCUGAAGUAUUAUUGGGCUUAGUUAUUGCCUUCAACUACCGAAACUGUGCUAAACUUUAACGAUUGCAUUGUGCAAAUGUCCGUCAAGAAGAGGGAAAAGAGAAGGAAGGAAUUACCCUGGGUCCAUAGCCGAGCUGCUAAUCAUAGAUCCAGAAUUUAAAAAACACUGUUAAGUAUUAAUAUGGUGUUAAUGUAAGUACAAUGUGUGAAGAAAUGUUUCGUGGUUAAUCAUUUUCAGAGAGAUGUCUUGCAAAUCACGUGGCUGACGUAAAAUCGUCCAGUGUUUCUGAGGAAUGAGAUAUGUGAAAAGUUAGUAGUAGUAGUUCUGGUAAUACUUACUGAUAGUAGGGCUAGUAGUAGAUCAUUACAGGUAUGAGGCAAGGUGCCCCAGCAUGCAAGGUGGUUUGUAAAACUGUGGUCCUCACUCCAGGCUGUGGCCCAGCGAGGGUCUCCAAAACUAUAUUUAUUAUUAUAUGUUUUUUUUUUAAUUAUACAUAUUUGGUAUUUGCUAUUUCUAUUUUACUAUCGACAGCUGGAUAAAACAUGUUCAUUUAUCGAGAAAAUAUAUUUACAAGCAAAAUGGGUUACCACAAUUGUUAUUUUUACGUAUUUCAUAGGUCUAUUGUCUAUGAUCAUUUAUGUUUUAAAAUCGCAGCGCAGGUGUUUUUUUUAGUUUGUUUCAGCUUUUAGGUGAGAAUGAGAACAUUCCGUAUUUCAGGAAUGGUGAUGGACAAUGAUAAAUAUGGAUGAUAAUGAUAUAUUUAUUAUAAUUUUAAUUUUAGCUUACAUUUGGUAUUUACAAUAUUUUUAUUAGGUAC